AGCAACAACUAGAUUGGCGCCACGUGUAGUCCCUGCCUCAUCGGGAGAAGAUUCCUCCAAACCCAAACUCACCGAAACGUCACGCGCUAAAACAUAGAACUAGGAUUAUUAUAGGAAGGAAAAGAAUUGUAAUGUUCGCUCGUUGACUCUUUUGGAUCGGUCAGUUGCUUAAUCGAUCGGUCCUUCGAUCUCAUCUUUCUCUUUGAAGGAAUCGAAGUCUAAGAAAUGGCAAGUGGGUUUGGGGAGUCAGUGCCCCAGAAUCCAUCUUGCUCUAGCAACAAUUCCAACAGUGAUGCUGGUAAUUUUGAGUGCAAUAUCUGCUUUGACUUAGCUCAAGACCCCAUUGUCACUUUAUGUGGUCAUCUUUUCUGCUGGCCUUGCCUUUACAAAUGGCUGCAUAUUCAUUCCCGUUCUCAUGAAUGUCCUGUUUGUAAGGCCCUUAUUGAGGAAGAAAAGUUGGUUCCUUUGUAUGGAAGGGGAAAAUCAUCUAGUGAUCCUAGGUCUAAAUCCAUCCCGGGUGUUAGUAUUCCGAAUCGUCCAGCCGGACAGAGGCCUGAAACGGCUCCUCCACCAGAUCCAAAUCAGUUUCCCCAAAAUGGGUUUGGGUUAAUGGGAGGUUUUGCUCCAAUGGCAACGGGUAGGUUUGGGAAUUUCACACUGUCUGCGGCCUUUGGUGGUCUUAUCCCAUCUUUGUUUAACCCUCAGGUGCAUGGGUUUCCUGAUGCAGCGAUGUAUGGUCCGGCUGCUGGGUUUCCAUAUGGGUUUUCAAAUUCAUAUCACGGUGGCCAUGCUCAUGGAUUUCAUCAUCACCAUCACUAUCAUCAUCACCGUACCGCUCAAGUACAGCAGGAUCAUUAUCUGAAAAUGCUGUUUCUGUUUAUCAUUGUUUGUGUUAUCUUUGCUAUGAUUUUUCAAUAGUCCUGCAUUCAGAGCUUAAAUUGCUAGCUUAUGUUAGGAGUGUCAAUCCAAUGUUUUCCGUGAAUCUAAGAGUGCAUUUUCUUUUUCCUUUUUAGUGAUUGAAGAAUUGUCUAUAUGGUAUAGUACUUUCAAUAUUCAUUUUUGUUCAUUUGAAGGUUGCCAUUAAUAUAUGGAAUGCAGCUAUCGUGCUUUAGUGUUUA